AUGUGCAACGGCAACAACGACAAACUGAACGUGGGCAGCUCCCGCUCCUGCAGGUACGCCUCCAUCUGCACCACCCAGUCCGGGACAGGUCCAGGGAACAGCGGGGCAGGCUCCGGCUGCGGAACAACAGGAUCAGGACGAGGAGGAGAAGACUUUCGUUUGCAUUUACGAAAGACAGGAGGAGACUCAGGGGGAGGAAGAGGAGCAACAGGGCGCCAAGCAGAAGGAGCAGAGGAAAGCUUAGGGCGCUUGGCAGGAGGAGCAGAGGAGCGACAAGCAGGAGGAACAGAGGAAAGUUUAGUAGGAGGAGCAGAGGGGAGCGGAGCAGGAGGAGCAGAGGAGCGGGAGGCAGGAGGAACAGAGGAAGACUUAGCAGGAGGAGCAGAGGAAAGCUUAGCUGGAGGACCAGCUAAGCGCCAAGUAGGAGGAGCAGAGAAGCGCCAAGCAGGAGGAGCACAGGAGCGCCAAGCGAGAGGAACAGAGGUAAGCUUACGUUGCUUACGAGAAGAGGCAGAGGAAAGCUUAGAGCGCUUAGCAGGAGGAGCAGAAGAAGGAGGCAGAGCAGGAGGAGCAGAGGGGCGGGCAGAGGAGGGCUUAGCAGGAGUAGGAGGAGGAACAGAAGGGCGAGGAAGGAGAGAAGAAGAAGAGUAG